UGCCCGGGGCUGUGGCCCUUCCCCACAGGGAGCUCACCAUGGCCCCGCCACUCCUGUUGCUGCUGCUGGCCAGUGGAGCCGCCGCCUGCCCGCUGCCCUGCGUGUGCCAGAACCUGUCGGAGUCGCUCAGCACCCUCUGUGCCCACCGAGGCCUGCUGUUUGUGCCACCCAACGUGGACCGGCGCACGGUGGAACUGCGCCUGGCUGACAACUUCAUCCAGGCUGGACCGCCUGACUUCCGCAACAUGACAGGGCUGGUGGACCUGACGCUGUCCCGAAAUGCCAUCACCCGCAUCGGGGCCCGCGCCUUCGGGGACCUGGAGAGCCUGCGCUCUUUGCAUCUGGAUGGCAACAGGCUGGUGGAGCUGGGCAGCGGCAGCCUCCGGGGGCCUGUCAACCUGCAGCACCUCAUCCUCAGUGGCAACCAGCUGGGCCGCAUCGCGCCAGGGGCCUUCGAUGACUUCCUCGACAGCCUCGAGGACCUGGAUGUGUCCUAUAACAACUCCGGCAGGUCCCUGGGCGGCAUCGGGGCCAUGCCUGCCCUGCACACCCUUAACCUGGACCAUAACCUCAUCGACGCACUGCCCCCAGGUGUCUUUGCCCAGCUUAGCCAGCUCUCCCGCCUUGACCUCACCUCCAACCGCCUGGCCACGCUGGCACCUGACCCGCUCUUCUCCCGAGGUCGGGAUGCGGAGGCCUCCCUCCCCCUGGUGCUGAGCUUCAGCGGGAACCCACUGCACUGUAACUGUGAGCUGCUCUGGCUGAGGCGGCUGGCCCGGCCUGAUGACCUGGAAACCUGUGCUUCGCCACCACCCUUGGCGGGCCGCUACUUCUGGGCAGUGCCUGAGGGAGAGUUCUCCUGCGAGCCUCCACUGAUUGCCCGUCACACACAGCGCCUGUGGGUGCUGGAGGGCCAGCCUACUCUGAGGUGCAGGGCCCGUGACCCUGUGCCCACCAUGCACUGGGUUGGCCCUGACGACCGGCUGGUUGGCAACUCUUCACGAGCCUGGGCUUUCCCCAACGGCACUCUAGAGAUUGGGGUGACAGGCGCUGGAGAUGCAGGAGCCUAUACCUGCAUCGCCACCAACCCCGCUGGCGAGGCCACAGCCCGGGUGGAGCUGCGGGUGUUGGCCUUGCCCAUGGUGGAAAACACCAGUGGAGGGGGCCGUCCUGGGCCCUCAGACAUUGCUGCUUCUGCUAGAACUGCUGCCGAAGGAGGGACUUUAGAGUCUGAGCCAGUGGUGCAAGUGACGGAGGUGACUGCCACCUCUGGCCUGGUGAGCUGGGGCCCCGGGCGGCCAUCUGUGGUGUGGAUGUUCCAAAUCCAGUACAACAGCAGCGAGGGACGACCUCUCAUCUACCGGAUCGUACCAGCCUCCAGUCCCGACUUCUUACUGAAGCAUCUGGUUCCUGGUGCCGACUACGACCUCUGCCUGCUGGCCCUGUCACCUGCUGCCGGGCCUUCCGACCUCACGGCCACCAGACUGCUGGGCUGUGCCCACUUCUCCACGCUACCAGCCACACCCCUGUGCCAUGCCCUACAGGCCCAUGUGCUGGGCGGGACCCUGACUGUGGCAGUAGGUGGGGUCCUAGUGGCCGCCUUACUGGUCUUCACUGUGGCCUUGCUGGUUCGGGGCCGGGGAGGGAAUGGCCGCCUGCCACUCAAACUUAGCCAUGUCCAAUCCCAGACCAAUGGUGGCACCAGCCCCAUGCCCAAGAGCCACCCACCACGGAGCCCUCCACCCCGUCCCCAGCGCAGCUGUUCCCUGGACCUGGGAGACACUGGUGGGUGCUACGGGUAUGCCAGGCGCCUGGGAGGGGCCUGGGCCCGGCGGAGUCACUCUGUACAUGGGGGGCUGCUGGGAGCUGGGUGCCGGGGCCUGGGGGGCAGUACAGAGCGGCUGGAGGAGAGUGUGGUGUGACAGGAGGCCAGCCUCUUCGUGCCCUGAGGAAGGCAGUGCCACUGCGGGGCCCAGGUGGCAGCACCCAGCCUGGGUGGGCAGCACGGCCCUGGG